GUUUUCUCCGCCACACCAAAUAAAAUCUCCGUCUUCUCCGGCCCCCUCUGACGGCGGCGUUACUUUGACGGCACCCCAUUAAGAUCUCGCGGCGGCGAAGAACUCCCUUGUUCCCUCUCCAAUCACUGAUCAACCAAAAAGCUCAAAUUCAACAUUUUUGAUAAAGGAAAAUCUGAGAGAAAAAUGGAGGUAACUGCCAGAGCUCCGGGGAAGAUCAUUCUCGCAGGUGAACAUGCUGUGGUUCAUGGGUGUACUGCCGUUGCUUCUUCCAUUGAUCUCUAUACUUCUGUCUCUCUCCGUCUUCGUUCUGAGGGUGAAGGUACGAUAAAACUUCUCAAUGACACCGGGUUAGACUUUUCAUGGUCAAUCGCAAGAAUCAAAGAAGUGCUAUCUCACUUAGGUUCUCCAUUUUCUUCAACCCCCACAUCAUGCUCACUGGAGACCGUUAAAUCUCUCGCUGCUCUCGUUGAUGAGAAAAGUUUCCCUGAGUCGAAGAUCGGACUUGCUUCUGGGGUUUAUGCAUUUCUUUGGUUGUACACCUCUAUCUUAGGGUUUAAGCCAGCUACAGUCAUUGUUUCUUCCGAGCUUCCAGUGGGUGCGGGCCUGGGUUCAUCGGCUGCAUAUUGUGUUGCACUUUCAGCAGCUCUCUUAGCUCUUUCAGAUUCCGUGAAAAUGGACGUAAGCCAAAAAGGAUGGUUCACGUUUAAGGCAAAGGCUGAAUUGGUGAAUAAGUGGGCUUUCGAAGGGGAGAAGAUAAUUCACGGAAGGCCCUCCGGAGUUGACAAUUCGGUUAGCACAUUUGGCAAUGUCAUUAAAUUCAAAACCGGUGUUAUGACCCGUAUCGAUUCCAAUAUGCCACUGAGAAUGCUCAUUACCAACACAAAAGUCGGGAGGGAUACAAAGGCAUUGGUUGCAAAUGUUUCGGCAAGGAAAUUGAGGCAUCCCGGUGCCAUGUCUUCCGUGUUAAACGCAAUCGAAGCUAUUAGUGAUGAAUGGUCUACCAUCAUCCAGUCGCAUGCCGUGGAUGAUCUAUGUUUAUCCGCUAAUGAAGAGAAGCUUGCAGAAUUGAUGGAAAUGAAUCAGGGUUUGCUUUUCUCUAUUGGUGUUAGCCAUGCAUCUAUAGAAACUAUUCUUCAGACAGCAAUGGAGUAUAAGCUAGCUUCCAAGCUGACUGGAGCCGGAGGUGGAGGCUGCGUGCUAACACUCUUACCAAGCCAUGUAUCAGGAGCGGUUGUCGAUAAACUAGUGGAAGAGCUCGAAUCGUUCGGUUUCCAGUGUUUCACGGCCGGGAUUGGUGGUAACGGUGUCCAAAUUUCCUUCGGUCAUUCUUCCUGAUUUACAUUCGCAUUUUCUAGUUGUAAUAAGGCGCUCUCCGAAUGACAAACACGAAGAGACGAUAUUGACGUUAUAGCUAUUUCCAUUCACUCCCGUUUUAUGUAUACUUGAUUUUCGGGUUAGCCGAGUUGUAGUUAGCCGAAACAGCAGAACAUACAGAAGACAACCUAUGUUAUAGCUGUUUUUCUUCACCUCUGUACAUUAGUUUGUUGUAGUUCCUGUGUUGUUUCUUCCUGAAUUUGCA